CUCGAUUCUUUAAGGGACCAACUUUGAGCCUGUUUAGCCUUGUAAUUUUUUUUCCCAAAACGACAUUAAACUAAAUUUAAGAAAACUAGAAUGAGGUCAACGCUGAGACGCUAAAUUGUUUACAUUUUCGAUUCAUACUUUUAAAAUUCUGCUCUUAAAUUGAACAAAUAACAUAAAAUAAAAACAAGUUUAGCAAGUGAAUUUUGUAAACACCAAAUCUUAAAUGUGUAAUAAAUUAAACUCAGGUGAUAAUUUAACAGAAAAAAGUAUUAACGCGUAAAUGUGUAGAAAUCCAAUCUUUAGUUUCUUUUUGUUUUUGCUAGGUUUGCCUCCAGCAGCUCGUGCGUUUAAAAUCUAUUUUUAAACAUCCGUGUUGUUGUUUUCGAUUAAAUGCUCAAUAUUCGACGUCCUACAUGUAGUCAUCGCGUUUCUGGUUUAUUUUACUUUGAAACAAACGUCGAAAUCUGUAAGUUUUUUAAAAWAUAUAUUUUUAAACCAUUACGAUGGAGCUAGCGCCAUCAAGGACAAGAAGAACAACAGGCAUCCGCCAUCAUUGGAGCGCAGCUCGGCUACGCCUCGUUGAAGAAUGCUGUCGAAAUCCGCUAAAACUCGAAAGUGUUUUUUGUGUGUUAWUAAAAGCACAAAACGCACAGUUCAUUAUUUUAGCGGCUGUUGCUCUGGCUGGUUAACACUGGUGGAAAACAGUAGAAAGAGAAAAAAAAGGGGGCCGCGUGGCGGAGCUUGAUCUCCGCGUCGGAACGGGUGAUGAGGCGUCUCUUCCGAGUGGGGCGCAUUUGGCCGCAGCGCUUCCGAGCUGCCAUUCCUGCCAGUCGGCCAGAGCUGGAAAGCAGAUCUUUCCUCCCCCCCGCAAGUCCGUGGGUCAGCUGGUCGCCUACAGCUGCCUCGUCCCGUCCACGUCCACAUGCGCUUCCUCCUUCCCGUGGAUCCUCCCCAAAACCUCCGCUCCCGACAGAAAACAAUCCUCCAUUACCGAGCGGACGGAGCGACAAAAUGGUCGCUGUGGUGCGUCCUCCGCUACUUUUUGUUGAGAAAUAAGGACAACACUAAUACGCUAAAUUCCGGAUGGAAGGGGGAAAAAAAAGGUCAAAGAAGCUCGACGGAGACUCCUGUAGUCGUGGCUGGAUAUGCUUAGUUGAAGCCCUCUGCGGUGUUAUUUGAGAUUUGAAGCCGUCACAAGCAAUAGGCUAUGUCUCACCAUGCAGCGUAAACGUUUUAGGGGCGGUGUAAUGAACAUAAACCAUUAUGUCGACGCGCAUUCAACCUAAAAUUAUCACUUAAAUCCACGUUUUUUUGAUCCAACACCCUGUAGUUAUAAAUGAAUGGAGAAAUGGAGGUUGCGACCCAAGACCAAGUGUGGGCGCAGGAUGACCUCCUAAAACUGRUGGAAGCCAUGAAAGUGGCCCUGCCGCAGAAGGACCUGACGAAAUACAAGACGUCCGAGUCCCACCUGGACUGGCAGAAGGUAGCCUUCAACUCCUACACGGCAGAGAUGUGUAAGCAGAAAUGGCAGGAAGUGUCUAAAGAGAUUCGUAAAUUCAGAACUCUAACGGAGUUGAUAUUUGAUGCUCAGGACUACAUUAAAAACCCUUAUAAAGGCAAAAAACUAAAGAAGCAUCCAGACUUUCCCAAGAAGCCUUUGACUCCAUACUUCCGUUUCUUCAUGGAAAAAAGAGCCAAAUAUGCAAAGUUGCACCCUGAGAUGAGCAACUUGGAUCUCACUAAAAUACUGUCCAAGAAGUACAGGGAGCUCCCCGACAAAAAGAAGAAAAAGUAUGUGGACGACUUCCUGCGUGACAAGGAGGCGUUCGUACACAGCAUGAUGAGGUUCAGGGAAGAACAUCCAGACCUUAUGGAGAGCAUGACCAAGAAAGGUUCAAAUGUUCCAGAAAAGCCCAAAACCCCCCAACAGUUGUGGUACAACCAUGAGAAGAAGGCCUUCCUCAAGGGGCAUCCUGAUGCCACCACCAAAGAUAUUAAGGACAGUCUUGGUAAACAGUGGACACAGCUGUCAGACAAGAAGAGACUCAAAUGGAUCUCCAAGUCCCUGGAGCAGCAGAAACUGUACGAGGAAACCAUGCGGGAGUACAUCCAGCAGCACCCCGAGUUAAACAUGACCCAGGAGGACAUAGUCAAGUCCACCCUGACCAAGGCCGAGCGGCACCUUAAAGACAAAUCUGACGGCCGACCCGACAAACCUCCUCCGAACGGCUACUCYAUGUUCUGCGCGGAGCUGAUGUCGAGCAUGAAGGACGUUCCCAGCACAGAGCGCAUGGUGAUGUGCAGCCAGAGGUGGAAGCUGCUGAAACAGAACGAGAAGGAUGCCUACCAGAAACGCUGCGAGCAGAGGAAACGGGAGUAUGAAGUCGAUAUGAACAAAUUUCUCAGCACGAUAUCAGAAGUGGAGCAGCAGCGAAUUCUGGGCGAAGAGAAGACGGGUUUUAAAAAGAGUGGUGGAGCCAGCAGUUCUGCAUCGAAAAAGAAAAACGCUAAAACAACGCCCACUUCAGAGAAGCCCAAAAGGCCCAUUUCUGCCAUGUUCAUAUUUGCUGAGGAGAAGCGUCCCAAACUGCAGCAGGAGCGGCCGGACCUCUCCGACAGCGAGCUCAUGAGGUUCUUGGCGCGGAUGUGGAACGAGCUGCCAGACAAGAAGAAGGAGAAGUAUAAACGUUUAGAAAUGGUGCUGAAAGCCGAGUCGGAGAAGAAGGAGAGGGAGGAUCGGAGCCGUUUGCCAGAUCCACCCAAGACGGCUCAGGAGAUCUGGCAGCAGAGCGUUAUCGGAGACUACCUGGCCCGGUUUAAGAACGAUCGGCCGAAAGCACAGAAAGCCAUGGAAACAGUCUGGAGCUCCAUGGAGAAGAAGGAGAAGAUCAUGUGGAUCAAAAAAGCAGCAGAAGACCAGAAAAGAUAUGAGAGGGAUCUGUGUGAGAUGCGUUCUCCAGCCGCCAACGUCGCGUCGAUGAAGAAGAUGAAGUUCGAAGGGGAACCCAAGAAACCACCAUCAAACGGAUACCAGAAGUUCUCCCAGGAGAUGCUGUCCAACGGGGAGCUGAACCACCUCCCCAUGAAGGAGCGCAUGGCCGAGAUAGGCAGCCGGUGGCAGAGGUGUCCGCAGAAGGAGAAGGACCGUUACAGAAAGAUCGCAGAGGAGAAGCAGAGGCAGUACAAAGUCCUGCUGGAGCAGUGGCUCUCUAGCUUAUCUUCACAAGAGAGAAACACGUACAGAGAGUAUAACUCACAGAAAAGAAGAAUCCGAGCCAAACCUGGAGCCCCUCCGCCAAAGAAAGCUGCUAUAGAGCAGGAUGAGGAUGAUGAUGAUGAUGACGACGACGACGACUCUGAGGAUGACGAUGACGACGAGCAGGAAAAGGCUUCUUCUGAUGCAGAUUCGUCCAGUGAGGAGGACGACGACGAUGAUGACGAUGAUAAUGAGGGUGAUGAUGAUGACGACGACAAUGAUGACGARGACGAUGAAGUGGACGACAAAGAAAACAAGUCGGAGGACAGCAGCAGCGAGUCGAACUCUGGAUCGUCGGACUCGGAUUCAGACUGAAACCGUCUUGAAGUCGAGACGAACUGAACAGCGCUGAUCUGAGCCAAGAGCCCAGGGAGGUCCGCCGCUGUGCCAACCCUGCCCCCCACCCCUCCCCCCACCACACACACACACACAUAUUGCUCCAUCCAUCUGACCCUCACCCACAGUGGGAGGAGACCCUGGAAUCGUCUCCCUCCCAGGACGAGUUAACAUUGAACCAAAAACAUCCCACUGGUUUGGUGAUGUCACGAACGUUUCUCCCCCCGCGUUCAGUUACACGGUAAAAGUUAGGGCUACCCUCCGGCGUUUUCUUUUAUUCUUGUUUUAUUUUUUUCCCAGUAGCAGGAGUUGUAAACGGGCUUCAGAGAGCCAAAGAACACAGCUCGGUGGAUCAGUUCAGGAGGGGACGGGUGUGUGUGCGGGACACAGAGAGAGAGAGAGAGAAGAAAAAAAAGAAAAAUUGCACUCUGAAUGUUUUUUUUUUUUGUAAUAUUUCUUCCAUAGGUUUUCUUCCUUUUCUGUACUCUCAAGAUACGAUGUAGAUAUUUUGGUUUGGUUCUUACAGAAGUGGUAUUUUUUCAGGAAAAAAAAAGCAAGUCAAGCCAUUAUGAAUGUUUCUUUUUUUUGCUGGAAGUUGUCGAAUCUCUUUACUUCACCCCCUGUUCUGUAAAGAUAAACCCGUGGACUUUGUGUUUUAUUGUCUUACUUUGAUGCAGGUUGGACACCAGUUUACAAAAAAAAAGUGGUAAAUUGAAUUUGUUGUAGUUGUGAGUGAACCCACAUGAAUUCAGUGCAGAGAUUUUUCUUCAAAGCUACAGUUAAUCUGUACAAAAACACCAAAUUUAAGGUCAAAAACACGAAUUGACGAAAACGAUGGAGCUGAACGUCUUUAAAGGCACAUUUCCUCCUCUGCAAAUUACAAACCUGCAUUUAUUUCCCCCCCGAAAUAUUUCAUUUUGCGAAGAUUUCUGUUUUGAGCCAACUGAAUGGUUUUUAUCUGUUUUCAAGUUAAUUUAAAUUUUAAUAGCUGUAAUCAUUUAGGGGGUUGUCUGCUUAUCCCAAAAGAAAAAAAAGGUGCAAUUACACCCGUCUCUCUGCGUGUGCAUGCACAGUACGAUGUAUAUAUGAGAGAGUGAGUGUGUGUGUGUGUGUUUUGCUUUAUUGUGGACUCUUUUUGCCGUUUCGUUGCAAACCGUGACACGAGCGCAGCUGCAGACCUGCGCCCGUGUAGGACGUCAUACAAACAUGAAUGUAGAUAUUGUUUGUCUUUUAGAUAUUUCGUUUUCCCAAAGGUCUUCGCUGUCAUGCCAUUGAUUACCAGAACACAGACUGACGAUGGGACUUCUGAACUUUGAGUUUUUCCGGACGUUGCAGCUCUCCGCAGAGAUUUUGACCUUAUUCUCUGAAACUAAACCAGCAUGGAGAAGAGCAAACUGACAGGAACAAAACAAGGGAUUUGAGGACUUGAGCGACUAAAGGACCUGGAGGUGUAAAGUGUAAUGUUUUUCUGUAAAUAGUUUUUGUUUGUUUUUUUGUAUUGAGUGUUUAUUGUUUUGUUAGUACUUUUAAUUUUCAUCUGUGAUUUCACUCACAGGAGGAGAGUUUUGGUUGAAAUCACCCGUUUUACUUCUCUCCUUGUGUUGGUUUAUAGAAAUAUAUGCGACAGCAAAGCUUUACAGGUUUGUACUGCUGGUCAUUUGACAGGAUUUGAUGUUUUAUAUAGGCGAGGGUGUUCUUAUGUCCUUGUAGUUUAAGUAUUUGAGCAAAUAAAAGAAAAAUACUU